CGGACCAAAAGCGGAAGUGGACUGACGUCAGCGAUGUUAUGCUAAAGGUUAGCCGCCGGGAGCUAACUUCAUCUAACAAGUCGGAUUAAUCCCUAACUCCCGCACCAAGGUCGCGGGGUUUAACGCCAACAGUCUGAGCAGAUCUACAUGUUAGUGAGUGUGAAGGGACGGCAGGAUGAACGGGAGCACCAACCCGCUGCUGGAUAAAGAGGAGCAUGUUCUGAAGCUCGGGGAAAGCUUCGAGAAGAGACCCAAGUCCUCCUUCCACACCAUCAGAUAUGACUUCAAACCAGCAUCUAUCGACACGAGCUGUGAGGGAGAGCUGCAAGUCGGGAAAGGAGAUGAAGUUACUAUAACACUACCUCACAUUCCAGGUUCCACACCUCCAAUGACGGUAUUCAAAGGAAACAAGCGGCCGUAUCAGAAGGACUGCGUGCUCAUUAUUAACCACGACACCGGGGAGUUUGUACUGGAGAAACUUAGCAGCAGCAUCCAGGUCAAGAAAACCAGAGCGGAGGGCAGCAGUAAGAUCCAGGCUCGAAUUGAACAGCAGUCAGUUCGCUCCAGCCAACCCAGUUCUCAGUUUCGGGCCCCGACCAAACCCGGAGCUGGAGUCAAAACCUCCCCGUCCCCGUCUAAGGACAAUCCGUCUCCGGAGCCGCAGCUCGACGACAUCAAGAGAGAGCUGCGUGCAGAGGUGGAGGUGAUCGAGCAGAUGAGCAGCAGCGGCAGCAGCAGCUCCUCGGACUCGGCCAGCAGCUCCGGCAGCGGCGACGACAGCAGCAGCGACGCGGAGCACGACGCCGCGCGGCCGCUCAGCCAGACCUCGCCCAGCCGCCUCCCCGUCACCAACGGAGGAGCGGACCGGCAGCAGGGCAACAACCAGCUCAUGAACACGCUCCGAAACGAUCUUCAGCUCAGCGAGUCGGGCAGCGACAGCGACGAUGACUGAGCUGUUCUGGUCAGUCUUUCCUCUCCACACUCCUCCACCUCCCUCUCUCCGCUUUUGCUGUGAUAGUUGACCUCAGCUUUAUAUUUUGGUUGGAUUGUAUCAUUUUAUUUGAAUUUUAUUUUAGUAUUCUGUGAAAUACGGGCAGCCUGGAAACUUUAGGAGUGUAUUUUUAUUAGAUGUAUAUUUUGUUUUGUAUAGGAAAGUUUUAGAAAAAUAUAGUUUUACCUGAGAGCUUUGGAAGAAUAUAUAUUAGAGUCAUCAUGCAUAUUUUCAUUACUUAAAGAAGCUAGUUUUAUCCAUUUGUUUUGUUUAUUUUUGCAUUCAUGGCAAGACAUAGUGUAGAUUAUCACGUCUUAUUCUCUCUGUUAAUGAGAAGAAGUCAUGGAAAUCCUAUCUGCAUAUAUUUUUAUUGGUUGUAAAAAAAAAAAAAAAAAGAAGGAAAAUAGUGUAGCACUUCUCCAAAUUAGUAACAAAUCAAAGAUUUUGUUUAACUAGUAAUGAGGAAGCCAAAAAUGAAUGUAUUGCCUCUGCUUUUUUACUUUUUAAUUUGCUUUUAGCUCAUCGUUUUGCAGACGGAAACAAUGUGAACAAGUUGAGACAAUAUGGAAAAUGCAGCAUUAAAAAAAACAACCAAUUGGAUUUCAUGACAUUUCCAGCCCAAGAUAUUUUUAAAAUUAUUACCAACUUGCAUCUAUUUUCAACAGAAGACUUAAAAAAAUGUUGUGGCAUUUAAGAAGUUGUGCAAAUGGCGCUCAUUUCUUCUUCCUCUUCCAAAAAAAAAAUGUCUUGAUCACGAUAAUCUUUCCACUGUGUGGCAUCCCAGAUACCUCAGAUCCAGAGAUGUUGACGGCGCCUCAGGCUUCCUUUUUUUGCACAAUAAAGUUUGAAGUGCCCCUCGUGAAUGUAGCUGCAUAUUAACGUGCUGUUAUCCAGUUAUAAGAGCGGCUCAUGGACAGUUUUUCAGUGUAGUUUUCCAUACUGGCCCAACUUUUUCACCUAAAGAAUGUUCAGUACUUUAAGUAAAUGUGUUUAUUAAAGAAUAAGUUACUGGUUUAUUCGUCAUUUUCAGAGAUAGGAGAUCAAGAAUGUCCUUUUAAGAUGGCACUCCUCCCCUUUAUGCACUGAAGUUAUUCCAGAUUCUUAGAAUCUUUUCAUGAAAUGAUAAACUAUAGAGGGAGAGACAUAUGGAACUCCCUUCCUUUUAUUUGAGAAUGUUUUUCAAUGUGCAUUUGUUUAGAAUCUGGAGACCCUUUGCCCAUUUUUGCUUCUCAAAUUAAAAUCACAAAACUAAUGUCAACUUUAUGAAAAUAUUCAGUAUUUUCUUGUUGGCAGCGAAUCCUUUGAAGGAGAUAAAAAACCCAACAGUGUCUUUCCCAGUAAUCCUGAACCACUUUAACCUCUUUGUUACAUUUUCAACAUCAGUCCUAAGUCUACUUUUGAAAAUAUAUACCAAUUAUAUUAUUAUUUUUCUGUCUACUCUAAUCACAAGAUAAUGGAAGUUGUUGUUUGUUGGACACAUUUAAUCCAUUUAAUACAUUUAAUGUAUUUGGGACCCCAGUAAUGUGUGUACAUGUUGCUGUUGUAUGUGUGUUUUUAUGUUUGCACUUGUUUACAAUAUGAAUAUCACUAAUGUUAUCAGCCUUUUUUAUUUCCUUGGGCAUUUACUAAUGACUAGUCAAACAUGUUUAGGGAUUCAAAAUGGCAACAACCCUGUUAAAUCGAGCAUCUACUGGCCCCAGAAAGCAAAACGACAGAUAUUUAACAUUUUUUUGGGACAGUUUUUAACCUUUUUUCAGCUGCUCAGUAGUUCAAGCAACAACUGUAAAUCUGACCGACCCGUACAGUCGUUUCUACACCACAAGGGGGCAGAAAAGACUCAAAAACUAAUACAAAGAGGCAAGCAUAACUAUGUUCAUACCGGUAUAAAUAACAUGAUGGCAAACAGUAUAAACUUAAUUUUCAAGCAAGGUUUCUCCUCAACAACUGUCAGACUUUUACUCUGUUAAAUCUAUUACUUUCUGUCCUCACCGGUACCAAAUGUACAGGACUGUCUCAGAAAAAUUUGAAUAUUGUGAUAAAGUCCUUUUAUUUUCUGUAAUGCAUAAAUGUCAUACAUUCUGGAUUCAUUACAAAUCAACAGAAAUAUUGCAAGCCUUUUAUUAUUUUAAUAUUGCUGAUCAUGGCUUACAGUUUAAGAAAACU